CCAGCUUGUCACAGGAGAUUUCAUUCGUUCGGAGGACUUGCUCGCGGACGGUCGUCCAUCGCUGUCCUAGUUUUUGUUUAGCUUGUCUAGUGUACGAAACUGGUAGGGAAAUCGUCGUUCCGCAGAUCUUGCAGUCGAGCAGUGAAAGCUAGCGAGAGAGAGUGAGCUUUGAUGGGAGAGUGCCUCUCGGCGCGCUUUGUGUUUUUUGGAGCGGGUCUCGGAUACAGGAUUAGGCAAAAGGUGCGCUGGUGGGUGGUUCCGAUUCUUAGAACGACACCAUUCACAAAAUUUUUCCUUCUUCAGGUCAGUUCAGUGAGGAAAAUGGCGCCGUUCAUAUAGUGCUUUCACGAAAUGCUGCUUCCUGAAGCAUGAAAUCAGUAAUUUAUUAGCUAAGAAGUGUAAUUUGAAGUUGAUUGAGUAAAGAAGUGUUCGUUUGUCCCAUUUGGGUUACGUUUUCGCAGGCGAAGCUGCUGUACAAUUCAGGAAAAUAUCAGCGCUGUUUUUUUCUGGAUGCAGAAAGGAGCAUCCAUUUCAAUGGCAGUGAAAAGCGCCAUGACUGUAUGACUGCAUGACCGUUAUAACACAAUUGGAUAUUGUUAUUUGAUGAGCGGGAUUAGAGCAAACGUUUUCGUGUAUUAUUCAUGCAAAAUAAAAAGUGUAUUAAAAGUAUUAAAAAACAAGUGGAACAGUUAAAGACGAGGUCUAAGCUCAAUUUGAAAUUCUGCUUGAUGACUAGUAAGUGCAAGUGAGAAAAAACCAUAGGCAUACUAAGCUUCAUACACCCAUAGUUGCUGUUUUUUGGGUGAAGUGAGAGCUUCGAGAUUGGUGGAAAACCCAUCCCAAAGUUCAAAGGAAUAGGAGGACAUCACACUCACACCUGUGUAGACCUGGAAGCGAGCGCAACAGUACGUCUAGACCGUAAAAACUCAUCGCCGACAGCAGACUGAAAACAAUCGGGUACGCUUUUUCCGCCAACUGAUGGCCCCCAAAAGGAUAGAAAACGGUUUAGAUUACUCGCAACAAUAGCGUAAGCACAUGUGGCAAUUAGGCCGCCACAACAAGAGGCACACAGCAGCGACGCAGCAUCAACGGAGCAACCGAAUGCUUUAGCCCGGCACGGCUGCCAUUACCACCGACUCUCACCUUCGACCUUAUACACACAUACAAACACACACCCACACCCACACACCGACUCAAACAUAUCUCUAAAGCUUCUUACAACUUCGAGAAGCAUCCGACCGGCUGCACCAUAGGUCCCAUCGGGCAAAGAUGAAGUUUUCAAUCCCGCUUCCAGGCGGCGGCACCGGACUGACACUAUUCUCCAAGCUAGUGCGAACCAAGGACCUCCGCAAGCUCCAGGGCGAAGAUCCGAAAAGUACAAAGCCAAAACUAACGAAAUGUCUAACCACACUCGACCUAACCUCGCUUGGAGUAGGAUCGUGCUGUGGCACCGGUAUGUAUCUAGUGGCCGGUUUGGUAGCAAGAAACAUAGCUGGCCCCGGUGUAGUGCUUAGUUUUAUCAUAGCGGCAAUAGCUAGUAUAUUUUCAGGCGCCUGUUACGCGGAGUUUGGCGUCCGGGUGCCCCACACUUCCGGUUCCGCGUACAUGUAUUCCUACGUGUCGGUGGGAGAGUUUGUGGCGUUUGUUAUAGGAUGGAAUAUGAUAUUAGAAUAUUUAAUUGGUACGAGUGCGUGUGCCUGUGCGUUGAGUGCUAGCUUCGAUUCGUUGUCCGGAGGUGCCAUCAGCAGGAGCAUAGCGUCCGCCGUGGGGACUCUGUUCGGCCGUCCUCCGGAUUUCAUCGCAUUCGGCAUCACUCUACUGAUGACCUUCGUGCUGGCGUUGGGGGCUAGCAAAUCGGUGCUCUUCAAUAACGUCCUCAAUACGAUAAACCUAGCCUCGUGGGUGUUCAUCCUAACGGCCGGUUUGUUCUACGUCGACACAUCCACGUGGGCCGAGCACGAAGGCUUCCUCCCGUACGGAUGGAGUGGGGUGUUUACGGGGGCAGCCACCUGUUUCUACGCCUUCAUCGGGUUCGAUAUCAUUGCGACGACGGGCGAAGAAGCGCACAACCCGCAGAAAAGCAUUCCGAAGGCAAUCGUCGGUUCGCUGGUAAUUGUGCUGUUCGUGUAUGUCACGAGCAGCUUCAUCCUAACGCUAGUAGUUCCAUACGAUCACAUCGACAAAGGUUCCGCCCUGGUGCAGAUGUGGACCUACGUGGGUGCACCGAAAUGUCGUGCACUGGUAGCGCUCGGUGCCACCGCUGGCCUUAGCGUGGCCAUGUUCGGUUCGAUGUUCCCAAUGCCACGGGUGAUAUACGCCAUGGCGCAGGAUGGACUUAUAUUCCGGAUGUUGUCCCAGCUGUGGGCGCGCACCGGCGUCCCUGGCAUCGCCACCAUCGGCAGUGGCGUGGCAGCCGCCCUGGUGGCGCUAACGGUCAAGCUGGAAGUGCUGGUGGAGAUGAUGUCCAUCGGGACGCUGCUCGCGUAUACGUUGGUCUCGACGUGUGUUCUAAUUUUGCGCUAUCAACCGCACAGUACAUCGUUGGUGGAUUUACUGCCGGCUCAGCUGCGGACACCGCAACCUCCUAGCACUCCGGAUCCGGCAACGCAGCAGCGGGUCAAGGGUAAUGUGAUGGUGAAAAAGAUCUAUCGCGGAUCACCCGACUCGGACGAUAGCUUUGGAGAUGACAGCCCGGAUGGUUUCCUGGGUCGAGACGAUCAGUUUCUGGUGUCGGACAAGUCCGAGAACAAGUUCUAUGGUGCUGUACAUGGUGCACCACAAGGUGGUUCCAAUCCGUUUACACUAUGGGGCUUCGGAUAUAUUGGAAGGAAGAUCCAGCAGUACUCAUACCUAUGUCCCGGCCUAUUUCCUUGGGUUAAUCCCGGUCCAGCGACACAUGAAAGCGGAAUUUUCGUCACCAAAAUGGUCGGUUUGAUGUACGCGUGUAUAUUCUUUUUGGAUCUUUUUAUGGCGAUUGGUAUUACGGGUUCUUUCUUCGCGCUUGUCUACACUGCACUGGUGCUGGGAAUUUUCGUUAUUCUGAUGGUUAUUUCGCGACAGCCCCAAAAUCGGUAUGCUUUACCAUUCCUAACGCCCGGACUUCCGUUCAUUCCGACCGUCGCCAUCACGGUGAACGUGUAUCUUAUAUUUAAGCUAAGUAUACUGACGUUAGUUCGGUUCACGGUCUGGAUGACACUGGGGCUGAUCAUGUACUUUUACUACGGAAUCACGCACAGCCUGUUGGAAAAUCCGGACGAAGAAUUCGAGCUGACGGUGGACGGUAAUGGGCAGCAGCCACCAUCCGGUCAGCCGACCACGUUGAAAGUUCCUUCAAAAAGCAAUCACCGAAACGAACCGACGGCGGUGUGGGAUCGACAUGGGUAUGAAAACCGCAUGGCGACAAAUGACGACGGUGAGCUACAAUGGGGGGCCAGUUAUAAUGCGACCAACAGUUGGAACCCUAACGAUGCGUGGAGUGACACCACCAUUUACGAUCCACCACGUCAGAAGCACCAAUCACAGCCACAGCGUCAUCAGAUCGGACAGACCAACAUCUUUCAGCCUCCGCCAACGCAGCCGAGGCCGGAGACAAAGAAGGAUGGCUUCGGUAUGUUUUACCAGGAAACCACCAGCUAUCCCACUUGGGACGACUAAACGCUACUCGCAGGAGCAGCCAUCAGUAGCAACAACAACAACAACACAAUCCCGUAGCAUCGUAGCUGUACAGACACACUUAGACGAGAGAGCAUCCGGAGGACUGAACGCGGUGAAUUUAUCGGGAAAGCAAUCAUUACCCAUCAUUAUCGGUGUUGUUACAGCAUUACGUCGUUAGUCGAACCAUCCCCCAUCUACGGUAGCGCAAGCAACAUGUGCAUCUGUGUGUGUGCGUGUGUUGUAUUGUACACUGCAAUAUAGGCUAGGUCGUAUACAGUAUAUACCGUUUGGCGGUCAAACACAGUUGAGAACAGCUCUAUGCGGUUUUCCACUCCAUUUGCGGACACACCAUCGGCAGCGGGGGCGGCGACGAUUCUCCACCUACCGAGGUUAUACGUUGAACGAAAUGGUUUUGGGUGUCCUAUUUUCAUCCGGCCUUGUUUUGUUUAUUUCAUGGGUUUGAAGCACAUAGUUAGAAAUUUAUUUUAAAUUUAGAAUUCCUUGUUUUUUAUUAAUGAGAUUCAGAAUCCAAAAAUGUCAAAGUUCCAAUUAUGACCGUUCACUUGCCGCAGCGAAACUGACACAACUGUCGGAAAGUGAUCGUUUGUAUCUGGAUGCGAUGGUUUUACUAAAAAAAACGACAAUCGCCCACCCCCGCUGCUGAAGUCGACCAGACUCGAGCAGCCCUGAUCAGUCCUGGGGUCCUUCCCCCGGAAUAAAAUGUGAUAUUCUCUUACGAAUUAAAACGAAAACAUAUCCUUAGUUGACUUUUGAUUUCACUCAAAACUGUUAGUAUACAAAUUAGUUAAGUUUAGAAUACUAAUCUUAGGUAGCGACUCGAACGCUGGUCUUCAGGUUAAAACCAAAGAAUGUUUACUACUAUACGUACAAUAAUUUAUGUUAGAAUGUUAAUUUUACAACCGUUCUUCUAUCGAUUGUCAGAGUAUAUUUGUAUUCGAAGUCGGAGAGAAAGCCAAUGGUAUCGGGGCAAACGCAGCGAGGUAUGUACAGUAUAGGCAAAGUAUCAUCCUUACACGAUAAGAGACUAGGAGAAUUAUAUACGAUCAAUAACAGAGCACUGUAAAAAAACACUGUCACGAUUCUAGGAAAUUUGAAAAUAAUUUACAACACUCAAAAUUGAGCACUCUUGGAAUGGUGUAGGAAACAAAAACAAAAAUCGAAGACAUUAGUUAGUUUUUACUAGACCGAGGGUUUUAUUAACAACCAGUUACCAACGGAAGCUGAGCAGAUCGACAAAUGCGCAGGAUAAAGCUAGCAAUAACGAUCGAAACGAAGAUAACACUAAGACAAGAUGGCGGCAUUAUGUGUGUAGACAAAAAAAAUCAAAUACAGAAGCGUUGAAAUCAUAUUACACCUAAACAGGAAAAUUAUAAAAGAUAACUAUAUACACUAGUCGAAAAGAGAUUGAAAUCAGCAUCUUUCAAUAAAUUAAGUGAUAUUUUACUGUUAAUAUUGUUGAUUGAAGUGUAUUUAUUACCAUUAUUGCAGUUGAGCACAGCAUGAAGAAGUAAAAAUCUAUCGAGUGAUGAGGAUUGUUGACACAGUUUUGCAGCUAUGCCAAAACGGUUAUAUGUACUAGGAAGGUGUUUAUGAUAUUUCGACUACGUUCUCCAAUCAGAGUAUUUCUUCUAGUGUUACAGCAGUACUGGGUUCAUGUUAUCUAGGUUCUGUUUACCUACUUGACUGAAAAAAUAAACUGAUCCCAUCAUGACUCAGUAGAACAAGAAAAAAAAAUGACAAACAUAGCAACCUAUUUUAGCUCUCCGUCUCUUCCAUGCAAUGCUGGUAUUGAAAAAUUACAAAAAAAAAAACUAACUAACAACAAAACAAAACAGCCAGGAUUUUAAACAAAAAAAAAAUCUUUUACAACACAACAGUACUUGACACACGAGAGAGCUGCGCUAUAGCUUGCUAGUUUUCACGAACCAGAACAAAAAUGAACAAAACUAAGUUUUAACUUUUCUAAGUGUGAUAUUUAUCUAUAUACAUAUAUACAUUGAAACAAAAACAUAAAACAAAGAUAAAUUAUAUUGCAUAUUGCAGACUAAAUAAUUCUAUACAUUACUAAACUCACUCAAGACAAACAAAUCAUUAUCCGUGUUCACACCAUGUUACGAUCAAAUACUUCAUCGAUAUAUUUAAAGAGAGAGAGAGAAAAAUCGCCCAUAUAGUUGCAAAUCUCCAUUAGUCCAGAUCUAAUUCACACAGAAAGAGAAAAAAAUAAAUAAAUACGAACCGUACAAAUCAUGGCAGAUUGAUGGAAGCUAAUGAAACUGAGCAAACGAAAGUCAACAUCAGCAAGAAUCAUCCAAGCAACCAUAGCUUAUUUAAAGUCUAGUUAGUACAUCUUUUCAAAUUCUUCACAAUGAAUAAGAAACAAAAAAAUAAUAAAAAAAAAACAAACAAACCACAUUAAAAUCUUCUAGGUGUCUGUAUAAAACAAAGAAAAAAGCCCAAAGCUAACAUAUGUAAAAUUGCAUCUAUCAAAUUAUUGAAACCAAACUAAAAAGUGAAGAUGAGUUAAAGGAUGAAAAUCGCAUACGCAAACAUAUACAAGUAUUAGAGGAAGAUAAUCCAUUUGUUGAGUUGUUGAGUGAAAUUCAACUAAUAAGUACUAUUAUUAUAGGAUUUAUCACCGCGAUAAGAUGACACUAACUAAAGAAAAACAAAACCAACCUACUCCCUACAGACAGAGAGAGAAAGAGAAAGAGAAAGUAACAAAAAUAGCGACGGAACAAAACCAACCAAAAUCGGAAAAUGAAAUUAAAAAAAUAAAAUACGGAGGCAAAUCAGCGAAUCACUGUAGUCGAGAACAACAGAUGACAAACUAUAUCUAAACAACAGAAGGUUGAAUAGUCGAACAAAUAAACGCAAUAAGAAAACUAUAAGAAA